GGGGGGGGGCGGGGAGGCGGGCGACAGCCGGGCCCUGGGGCGGCGGGGACCACAGCGGGCCCGGCUCCGCCUGUGCAUGCACCCCGCGCUCUGCGCGCUCUGCGGGCUGCUCUCCGGGGACCAGCGCAGCUCGCGCUCGCCCAGGCUUUACCACUCGCAUCAGCUCCGCUCGCCGGCCAGAGACUGGCUCCCGCGCCCCGCGGAUCCUUUCUCCACCUCCUCAGCCGGGCCGCAGGAGCCCGAGCGGGCGAACCGCCCCGAAGCAUCAUCCCCGGCCCGCCCUGGCCGCGCCGCCGCCCAUGCUGCAGCCAGUCGGGGGCGGCGACCCGGCAGCCGGAGCCUGCAGCGCGGUGACUCCAGCCUGGCCCCUGCGCGCCGCACGGGGCACCGCCGCUGACCCCCGCUCCCCGGGGAGGGACCCGCGCCCCGCGAUGGCCGGGCUGGCGCCGCGCCGCGCCCGGUGCCCGCUCUCCGCCCGCUGAGACGUGCCCGGCUGCGGAUCCGCCCCGCGUCGCCCUUCCCCCUUCUGGGGGCUCCGCUGCCGCGUCCGGGGAGCGAGGGGACAGGGCGGAGACAAAGCCCGCUCUGUGGGGGGAGCUGGCUGCGGGCGUGGGAUGUGCGCGUUGGCGCGGGCCCCCUCCCCGCACCCCGCCGGCUGCGAGUCUCGGCUCCCGGACGGGUCCCGGUGAAGAAAUCGCGCCCCCUCGCCCCUCCCCCCCCCCCGGGCCCCGGACAGGGUUUUGGGGGUCCGGGCUCAGAGCUGAUGCGGCCUGAAGUCGCCUCGGUACCCCCCAGCCCAGGAGCGCGCGCAGGUGUGAGCGUGCGGUGUUUUGCCGAGGACUUUGUUCUCUCCACAACCAGAACCCGGGGGGCCCAGCUGGCCUGGGCAUCCGUGCCUCGGCCCUCUCCACAGCCGCAGGUCUGAGCUGCUGGGCCUCAGCCCCCGUCCCCCCUUCCCCCCGGACUGUUCUCUCUGAAAGCCCAGACGGCUGCCUGUCAUUGCUCUCGCUGUCACAUUGCGGUACUUUCUGAAGGCUGCCACGUUGGGGUGUUCCCUCUUUAUCCCGUUUUUUGUGGGGUUUUUUUUUUUUCAGAGAGUUCAAGGCCUUUUAGGAUGACCCUGGAUCACUAACCCCUCGUGUCCCCCACUGCACGCUGAGGCACUGAUUAUUUUCUUAUUGAGUAGUAUUGUAUUGUACGGGAGCCACGCCCUGGUUUCUUAAAGGCGCCUGUGCUCUGUUUGGCCAUGUGUUAUCGCUGCAGCUGGUGUGUAGGAGGCCGCCUGUAGCCACCAGUGUUUCCUGCCUUCUGAAACCUCCUUCCUUCAGGCCCCUGGGCCCCUGUCAAGGAUUUGGGGAUGCCAGGAGGGAAGAAGGUGAUAGGGGGCGGUGCUGCCCCCACCGCUGCCCCCGCUGCCUCCCCUGGGGCCAGGCGGUUGGAGACCAGCGAAGGGGCAUCAGCCCAGAGAGAGGAUGAGCCAGAGGAGGAAGGGGAAGAGGACCUGCGAGAUGGAGGUGUCCCCUUCUAUGUCAACCGGGGUGGACUGCCUGUGGACGAGGCCACCUGGGAAAGGAUGUGGAAGCACGUGGCCAAGAUCCAUCCCGAUGGAGAAAAGGUGGCCCAGCGGAUCCGUGGGGCCAUGGACCUGCCCAAGAUUCCCAUACCGACUGUGCCUGCGUUCCCGCCCUCCACGCCCGUCCCUGAGCGCCUGGAAGCCGUGCAGCGCUACAUCAGGGAGCUGCAGUACAAUCACACAGGGACCCAGUUCUUUGAAAUCAAGAAGAGCAGACCCCUCACCGGGCUGAUGGACCUGGCCAAGGAAAUGACCAAAGAGGCUCUGCCAAUCAAAUGCCUGGAAGCCGUGAUCCUGGGAAUUUACCUCACCAACAGCAUGCCCACCCUGGAACGCUUCCCCAUCAGCUUCAAGAGCUACUUCUCAGGGAACUACUUCCGCCACAUUGUGCUGGGGGUGAACUUCGGGGGCCGCUACGGGGCCCUGGGCAUGAGCCGGCGCGAGGACCUGAUGUACAAGCCGCCCGCCUUCCGCACGCUCAGCGACCUCGUGCUGGACUACGAGGCCGCCUACGGCCGCUGCUGGCACGUGCUCAAGAAGGUGAAGCUGGGCCAGUGCGUGUCCCACGACCCGCACAGCGUGGAGCAGAUCGAGUGGAAGCACUCGGUCCUGGACGUGGACAGGCUGGGCCGCGAGGACUUCCGCAAGGAGCUGGAGCGGCACGCCCGCGACAUGCGGCUCAAGAUCGGCAAAGGGACCGGCCCUCCCUCCCCGACCAAGGACCGGAAGAAGGACGUGUCCUCCCCACAGCGGGGCCAGUCCAGCCCCCACCGCAGGAACAGCCGCAGCGAAAGGCGGCCUUCGGGUGAGAAGAAGCCUUCCGAGCCCAAAGCCAUGCCAGACCUCAAUGGGUACCAGAUCCGGGUGUGAAGAAGGUGGCAGCACCCGGCCUCGCCCACACCGGGGGGGGCCAGGAUCUCCUGCCAGAACCGGCCUGGCACCUGGGGCAGGCAGGGCUGGCGAUGGGGCAGGUGAGCGGCGGCUGGAAGAGUGUGUUCCAGCUGAGCCACCCAGGCUGCGGCCCCUCCCUCGGAUGAGGCCAAGCUCCCAACUUUGGGCCGAGAGGCAGUUAAGUGUUUUACUUGGAGUUUUUAAAUUGACACUACAGUUUACGGUAUUUGGGGAAAACUAAAAAAUGUGAUGGGCCUGGCAGGCGUGUGCUUGGGAGAAUUGCCAUGCGGCUGAGUGAGGGGGCGUGGCUGGCUCUGCUGGCUCCCCUGCCCCUGGUGACUCUGGGAUGUGGGUCUGUCCCACGUGCGGGAAAUCUCCCAGCCCACAAGGCCUGUGGCAGAGCGGCAGAGGGUGGGGGUGUUUCUCCACGUCCGCCUGCCCUGGCGGCAUCUCGACACAGGGAAAAGGAAGCAGGGUAGGAAACAUCCUGGGAGAGGCUGUGCCCAUCUCAGGAGGUUCACACAGUGACAUCUCCCCAAGGGCGAGAGUCCACAGCCCAGGAGAGCCUUCCUGACCUUGCAGCCCACAGACAGAUGGUGCUUUGAGGACUGACACUGAGCACUGGCACGCCCCCUGCUGGGGGGCUGAGGGAGAGCACACGAGAGAACCACUGGGGGAAGAGUUGCGGAGCCCCUAUCCCCUCUUGCUCAGCCCAGAUCUGCCUCUUGCUGAGGCUGGGCUCACUGCAGAGGCCUGGGCAGAGCCAAGGGCUCAGAUUUGCACUGGGCUCAGCAUGACUGUGGGGACUGAACAGAGCUGGUGGCCCAGGAGCUGUGGCUGGGGACAUACACGCAGGCCUGGGUCUGUCCCCUUUCCUCCCCCCUCCCAUUACCUCAGCCCUUGUGGGGAAAUGAAACCUGGCCAGAACGCUUGUGCCCCAGGUCCACCUCCCCUCAUCUAGCAGCUUAUUUAGGUUUGGGGGUUCCAGCCGAUGUCAGGGAAGAAUUUGAACAGCCGGAGUUUGCACAGCCCUCCCACUGGCAUGAGAGAACUGGCGGGCAGGUGAGAGGUAGUAGAAAGAGGUUGGUAGGGUUGGGGGAAUGUUCCAGAGUUUUAAGCAACAAGGAGGUGGAGGGCAAGGGUGCAGUGUGGCCCCUGAGGAGGGGCAGAGUCUGAGAAUGGGGGUGGAUGUACGUGAGAAAAGGAUAUGGGGGAGAAUUUAGAGUCAGGCUGCCUUGGGGAGCGGUGAGUUCCCUACUGCCGGAGGGACUUAGGCAAUGACUAGAUGGCUACCAGUACUUGUCAGAAAGCAGUUGAGAGGACUCAGGUUAUGGAAGGGUAGCUGGAUGGAAGGACCAUUCAGGUUAAUUUUAACUGAGAGGCUCUGAUUCAGCCAGGGGCAGCUGUCAUGAGGCAGCAGAGGGGCUGGGAGCAUGGAAAAGGGAGGGUCAGAACUAGAUUUGUAAACUCAGAUAACCUCACAGGGCCAGGCAGGUGAUGGAAAGGAGGACCGCAGGGCUGGGUGGGGACGGUGGCAAACUAAAGAGGGCAGAGGUCCCAUUAAAGCAGCCACUGCUGCUCAGCUGUUAGAGCGCAGGCCCUGCAUUGCCAGAUCUUCUGAGAUUUUCAGAGGCCAGAACUCUGAAUUUUUUAUGUGAAAUAUCCUGAUUUUUAAAUGUUGGCAAUCAGUUCAGGAAAUUUUAAAAACCAACAUGAAAGAGAAGGCCUCUUUGUAAUCUCUGAAGAGGAGAGCUUGUGUUGGGAAGCAGGGCUUUGAGGAGGGAAAUGUGAAAGUCCUAGGCUGCCCAGGGCUGGCCGGGCCAGGGCAGGGGCCCCCUGCGGAGGCUCCCGGAGUGGGCAGUGUCCCAUGUUCCUCAUGCUCCCUGCAGACCAGACACACCGGAGACUCCAUGGCUGCUGUGUCACCAGACGGGGUGGAGUGGAGUAGCGAGAGUGCAGUUCUCAGCUGCUCUGGAGAUGGAUGGGACUCGGGAAGCAAAGAAAGGAGGAGGGAGAGGGAGACAGGCUUUCUUUGCUAAUGGGAGUGUGCAUCAAGAGUGGCACCGGGACCGGCAGCUCUUCAAAUCUGCAGCAAUUAGCCCAGAGCCCAGCCCAGCAGGGAGGCCAGCUGGCCAGUCCCUGGGGUUCUUCAUGGAUUAUUGGUCCCUGGGGAGGUACUUAACCUGCCUCUGGGCGACACCGCAGCCAGAGGAAGCGAAGGCCACUGUGACCCCUGACUCACCAUCCCGUCCAGCUUUCAGGGAGUGGGUGGUGGUCCUCAUGUUGCCACAUUCACCUGAGACAGGGGUGGCUCACUUGGGAGGCAUGAGGCUGAAAACGAGGCCAUUUCCGGGUCUGGAUGUGAAUGCCUCAUGCAGGCCGCUCAGCAGGGAAGUGGCUCCACCUGCCCCAGUGGACCACAGAGCUUGAGACACGCAAGAGGCAGCUGGGAGCUGGAAGCUUAGGUCAGGGAAACAGGGAAGCUGCUUCCAGAACAGAAGCCAGGAAGAAUGCUCCAACCCACAGGUCCCACUACAGAGUCCUCUGGAGAGAAGGAAGCAGAAUGAAGCCCCCGCCCCCCCCCGCCCCCCAAUUGCUGUCUGUCUGUGAGGGAAUGAGCUAUAAUUCUAGCUGAUAAUCCUCAGCACCCCCCUCCUGGCUGAGACCUAGGGCCUGGGGAGAUCACCACGGAUAUUGGGAAUGUAGAUGCAGUGGUGCUUUUUAAUUUAUUUUUAACUCCUCUUUCUCAUAUGUAGCAACCCCUCCUCCCCUCCGGGCGUGUUUACACAGGCUCUGCUUCCUGGGGCUGGCCUGGCUGCAGUUUCUGGGGAGGCAGAGGCAGGGACUUUGAGGCCUUAGUCACCAUCCUCAUUAUCACCUCAUCUCACUUCCUGUGAGGACCAGCAGCCUGGCUCCCCCGACUCAGGACUGCCUGCCAGCUCUCUGCCCCUGGGGUGUGGGCUGCUGGCUGAGGGGUCAAGGUGAGGUCAGAAAAAGCUUCUGAAUGAAGGUGGGUCAGGUGGGGUGGGGGGUGAUUGCUCCCCAAGCCUGGCUCCUUGUGCUCGGUGCCCACCCCCCUAACUGCCAGUCCUCUCCCUCCCAUGGCCUCAACACAUAGUCACUCGCACCCAUCACACCGGCCAACCCAUCCUUCGUAGGCCUGGCUAAGUGGGGAGUGCGGUAGCCCCAGCCCUGGUACAGUGGUGAAGCCUAGGGCCAGAGGAGCCGUGUCUGCUUUUGGCCCUGUCAUCACACCCACCCCUCCCAGCUGGGACCCCACUUCCUGGCUCUGGGAUGGGACUGAUUCUGGUCAGCAGCCUCUCCAGAGGCCUGUGCGCGCCUUGGCCUCUUGUCUGGGCUGUUUUCUGGCUUAGCCCCAGAGCAUCCGCAGCCCACCCUCUGGCCUCAGAGCGCAGGGAGGGAAAGCUGGGCUGGCCUAUUGAUUGCAUAGCCAGCUCCGUGGUGUUCACAUUCCCUCUUCCCUUGUUCCCAGUGCAACUGGGAGGUCCUCCGAGGAGUGUGGGGAGGAGUGUGGGAUUGGAGCGGGGAGGGCUGCCCAGGCCAGGCAGGGCUGCUGUGGUGCUAGCUGCAGGCCCAUCCGUAUUGAACCUCUCACCCCGCCUUGGUGCUCCAGUGUCCCAAGUUCCACUUUUUCUUCAAAUUUGACCAGAGGGGGAACCGGGUGUGCGUGGCCCCAGGCCUGGAGAUGGCAGCCGACCUUUUCCCUUGAGUUUGUGUUGGGCUGUGUGCUGUACUAGUUUUGUUCUUCCUCUUCUCAUAUCAGUAUUGCGCCUCCCCUUCCACUUUUACACUUUGUCUCAUUCCUUUCCCACCCUGCCCAAAUGAAUAAAGUCUCCCCAGCUCCGGCUGCAUGGGCUGGCUGGGAACCAGGACCUGCAA